CUCCCAUCCCCCCCCUGCCACCUGGUGUCUCUCCCGUCUUGGGUCUCGCUGCUGCUGCACCCACCCACCCACGCAACAGGAAGAUCCCAACGCCGUCCCGCCGGCUCUUGGUCGCCGUAUCCAACGCCUCUGGCUGCUGCACUGCGACGUCUCUCAUCCCCCCCCGAAGCGAAGCGCUCGACCGCCCUCCGUCACCGCCAGCCCAACGUCCGUCCUUUCGAUAAGGCUUUUCUUCGACGCCUCCCGGUCAGAGCCUUCUUGUUGCCGCUCCCAGGGCUCCGGACGGCCCUCGCUCCAUACCCAGGGAAACAGGACCCGAGCGAGCCACGGCCCUGCUGCGCGCGGCACGCCUGCUGCAAGUCGUCCACUGCCCAUCGCAUCGCCCGCCCCAAGGCCCCAAAACGCUGGCCUCGCUCUACCGGCGGCACUCGGCAGGCUUCCAAAUCACCUCGAUCGCUCGCUCCGCCGCCCGCGCGGUCUCGUCGCUUUUUUGGUUUCGCUGUAGCUGACGGUCGCCUUUGCUUGGACUAGCAGUCGUCGGGCUCCCCGUCUGCCGCCCACCCCCCCCAUCGUCUCAGUGGCCUGUUGUUGGCGUCUGGCAUCACAACGCCAGGCCUCCUCCAAUUACCAACAAUCAAACUUUUCCUUCCCGUCACGCUUCUAGGCUUCGCUUCUUCGACCACGAUAUCUUCCAGGCCUCGCACCCUGCUGCCUCGCUGGUGUUUAGUCACCACACGCGUUCUGUCCGGGACGCCCUGAGGCCCGGCUUUAUUCCCUCUCAGUCGUGCCCGCCACCCCGAAAACGACGCUCAGGUGUCGCGACGCGAAUCUGGUGCCGCCUUCGCGACUGCGUCCCAGAACCACCCGCGACGUCGCAGUACAUACAUACGUCAGGAUCGCCGCAUGCGCAUGCGAUAGAGUCUCAACGCGCCUGUCGACAUCCACGCGGUGGAUAGCCGACCCACGAUCUCAGAAAUGAUGGCCGCAAGUAUGGGGCCAAACUUCACCGGGCACCCAGCUGCUAUGGGGCACCAGGCUGUCGCGGGCCAUCCCAUGGGCCCCGGCAUGCCUCCCAAUGCUGCACAGCAAGGGGCGCCCGGCGGCGGGAUGCCUCAGCAAUUCGGCGCCCACAUGGCUGUGUCAGGCCCUGGCGGUCAGGUCAAUCCUGCCAUGAUGGGCGUGAUGCCGCCCGGUGCCAACCCGCAGGUGCAGCUGCACAAUUUGAGUCCUGCCCAGCAGCAGCUAUUCCAUCAGCACCAGCACCAGCUGCAAAACCAACUCCAGAACCCCAGUGCCGUGGCCGCGAUGCGGCAACAUCAACUGCUACAGCAUCAGCAAGCGCAGGCGAGGCAAGCUUUGAUGGCACAACAGGUGCAAGUCAACAUGGGCGUCGGUGGUGGCAUCCCCAUGGGCAUGCCGCUACAGCAGCUUAACCCGCAGCAGCUGCAGGCUCUCCGAGGCAGAAUGGGACCGGGCACAAAUCCCCAGGCCAUCAUGGCUCAACAGCUUGCGCUCCAGCAACAACAGGCCGCCCAGCAGCAGGCCGCCCAGCAGGCGGCGCAUAAUCAGCAGAUGUCCGGCGGACCCAAUCAUGGUCAACCCAUGCCUAUGAAUGCUCAGAACAUGGCCGCGCUGCAGCAACAGCAGCAGGCACAGCAACAGGCGCAGCAACAGCAACAGCAACAACAACAGGCGCAGCAACAGCAGCAGCAGCAGCAUCAGCAACAGCAGCAGCAGCAGAGCCAGAUGGGCGGCGCAGGCGGGCAGAACCAAGCGAGUGCACAGCAGCAAGUCAGUCAGCAGGGACAGGGUCAGCCUCAGUCGCAACCGCAGGCGCAGCAGCCUGGGCAGCAGCCGCAGCCAACUCCGCAACAGUCGUCGCAAGCAGGCACCCCGGCACCGAGCGGGCAACAAACACCGGCGCAGACGCCAGCUUCGGGCCCCGCGCAAGGCCCCCAGGCUCAGCAGCAAGGCCAGGGCCCGAUGCAGGCUCAGCAGAUGCACCCACAGGGCCAGCAGCAGAUGAACCCGGCGCAGCAGUUUGCGAUGCAAACCUCCAUCUUCCAGCAGCAGCAGCAGCGCAGGGAAAGCAUCAAGGCGCAGUGCCUGAUGAGGCUCCUGCAGCUGAGCGAGCACCUGAGCUCAUUCCCAGGCGCAAAGGGCAAGGACGACAUGCUGUAUUGGAACACGUUUGCGAACCGCUUCUUCUCCCACGGCGGCAUGUUCCGACACGCGCUACACAUAAGCGACGGCGAAGACACCUCGGACAAGUCAUACGAGAUCUUGUACCCGGCCAUAGCCCGAUACUUUCACACGCAUUUCAGCAGCGGGGUCAAGAGCAUGCAGUUGACGCUGGACAAGAGUGGAAAUGAGCGACUUUUGUCAGGAGACUUUUAUUGCUUCGACAACGCCAAAGCCAGCCUGACAUACUGGUACGAGUCUGGAUCGCAUGUCGUCGCCACGGGCACGCUUCGCGCGACUUUCGACGGAGAGUUCAAGCUGGAGCUGCUCGAGUUCCUCACGACGAGCCAUGAAGAGUAUAUCCCACGCAAGCAGGUCAUCGAGGCGGCCAAGCCAGCGCAUAUUUGGUUCAAGGAAUGGCACCAGGUCAACACGCAGGACGGCAAGCAGUCGCCGGAGAUGUCCAAGAAGAGCAAGGCCAAGCAGCUCAAGUCCCCUCAGCGACAGCCUCCCGAGGUUCUCGAGGGCCUGCCCGACUCGGCUGUGAACAGCAAGGGCGUUACCGAGGCGGUCCACCAGUUUCAUGAGAUGGUCGAGGUCGUGUGCCAGAUGAAUCCCCUCUUCUCCUUCUGCCACACAAACCCUGGCAUCAGCCCCUACAUGGCUCUGGAUCAGUACGUCGCUACGUGCAUCAACGGUGCGCCGGCGGGAAUGAACGGACAGCCCAUGCCGCAGGGAGGAGGACCGAGAACGCCCAGCUUUGGACAAUUCCCGAUGGGCGCCAGCCCCGCCGCGGCACACAUGAACCUGCCAGGAUCACCGCACAUCGGCAGCCCGGCCCCGGGUCAGAUGCAGGCUCCCGGCAUGCAACUACAGCCAAGCCAGCAGGGAACCAGCUCGAGUGGGCCGAGUGCCAACACGUCCCCGGCGUCCAACAAGCGUCGUCGGCCGUCGGCCGUCAAGGUGGAGGAGGACGGCUCGGGGGCUCCCACUCCUGCAGGGUCCGGACCCCAGGUGAACGGCAUUCAGAACCGUCCCACGAAACCGCCAACGCCCCGGAUGCCCAAGAGGGUCAAGGGAAACCCGUCAUGAGGCACGCCACCGGGACUUUCCACGCAUCAUAAUGCCCUGCCGGGAUGUCCCCCACUACCUCAUGCCCGUAAUGUUCACCUCAUGUAGCAUGGCGGCGUCUGUUGUUACUCGCGUUUUCUGAUUCCGAUUCCCGCAGCCUUUGGAAAGCCUGUGGACGGGAGUGGAGGUUGGUUUGUUUGGGCUAUGCUGUUAUUUUCUCAUAUGGGGUGGAGGGGACUACGUCCGCGCCGCCGGCCCGACUGAUACCCAGCACUGGCGGGUGCAAAAAUGUACCCGCGACUCUUUGUCGGGCAGGGUGGUGCGGUCGGUGGGGAGGCUCAUCUGUCUAAGCGCGGUGACUGCCACUGGCAUCAGGGCGACUCUGCAGACAUGGAACUGAGUUGCUGCGUGUCCGGUCCAAGUCCUCGGGGACUGAGGGCUGCAGUCAGGUGUCCGUCCCCCCACGGACGGUAAGCGGCGGCCAUUCGACCAGGAGACAGGGGGAGGUUGACGUGUUCUUCAUAUCCACAUCGCGAGGGGAGGUUGGGCAAGACAGGAGGGAGAUUCUAAUUUGGGGGGCAACGGAGUUGUUUGUGUACGAUAAAAGCGUUCUAUUACGGGUGCCCAUGGCGGACAGGAGCUCGGCGAGUCGAGGUGGCCAUUGUUGUCAGCCACCACGGGGGCGCCGAGCCCACGCGUUCUAUUAGAUGUGCGGUGGUUGAUUUCAAACAGGGAAGCGGUUGCUAUGACGCAGGGACCGCGGCUUUGUGACUGCCUGGCUUGUGACGAACGAGAGCGCCGUGAGCCACGGCUGCCCGUAUUGUAUGUAUUUUCGAAGACUUCUCGAAAGCAGUCCCAUGAGGCUGUAGCCUACAUCAUCCACGCUGCACUUGGGCGUCUCCGUUUCCGCCUCUGGCUAAGCCAGUUCAGCCUCGAUUGGCCUCUCGCCGCAUCCCCCCUCCUCGUCAUGGCAACACAGCGAGUUCCCAUCCCCAUUGUCCGUGAAGGAAGCCAGCUGCUUGCUGGCUGCUACCGCCAUCACGACGACGGGUCAUCAUCACCAUCGUCGUCGUCGUCGGUACACGUAGACGGCCCGCCCCACGAUCACUCGCC